CUGGACCUUCCACGCUUCAGGUUUUCUAUUUUUUUUUUAUUUGGGUGGCUAUGAGCGAUUAAUCAUUUGCUCUUCCUAGUGAUGUGUGACUUGGGGAUAGGAAGCCAGACGGGGCUGUGCCCACAUAAUAUGGGAAUCUCAGCUCGGCUGAGUCUGUGUUGAACGGACAACCUUGACUGCCCUCUUCCCGGCUGGGUUCUCUGCCUAUUGGUGCGUUCAAUUUUGCACCCGCAAAACACACCAUGAAGUUGCAGGCAGCUUCCCAGUAUUCUUGGUGGCUUUUCUUUUUCUUAGCUGCUACAGCAGAAGGAAACUUGGAAACACCUUCUUUCGGCUCAGGAAUUCACUAUCAGUACCGAUACUCACUAGACAGCCAACUAAGUUUCCUAUCCAGGCCAACUUUGCAGGGAAGCAAGCUUCAGGCAGAAGCUGUGGUUGAUGUGAAUCUCUUGUGGAGCAACACCGACAAUGCAGGCGAACAACUGCUCCAAAUUCAAUUCCACGACUUACGCAUCAAUCAAGAUUUGGAGAAGGAGGAUCAGACUAGCCAAGGCCAUUCUGUAAAAGGCUCACAGAACGCUACUGAACUCCAGCAACCAUUUUUCGUCCAUUGGAAUAAGGGAAAGGUCGAAGCUUUCUACGUAGCCGAAGAAGAGAACCCAUUAAUUUUGGAAUUGAAGCGAGGUCUUCUCAGCCUUCUCCAAUUUCAGACCCAAUCUGGAACAAUGACUGAGGAGGACAUUUCCGGGAGCUGUCAAGUUACCUAUGCUGUCUCUAAGGAUACUGUUUUGAAAACAAAAGACCUAAAGAGCUGCAUAAGACCGAAAUUUGGAUUCAGCACAGCUAACAAAAUUUUUGGACUCCUGUGGCAUCCCACAAGUAAAAGCCAUUAUGUGAUGGAAGGAAAUCUCAUAAAGUCAGCCUCGUCUGAGGAAAAUCAUAUAAUUUAUCAAGGCAUGAAGUCUUCUGUUGGAGUCAAUAUCACCUCCAGGCAACAUCUUGAAUUUCUGACUCAAAUGCCCGGAUCCAAAGAAUUAUCCGGAAAGAAUCUUCAGAAAACUCUGAACUCUCUCCUGGGAAAACCUCAGCCCAUUAACUUAACAGGCCAGCCAUUCAAAAGGAUCUGCAGUGAGUGCCCAACGCUCAGAUCCUACUUGAAAACGUUUGCCAAAAAGAAGAUAAAACUUGACCUCUCUAAAGCAUCAACUACUUGGCAUUUUUCCAGAGUGGUGCAGAUGCUGCGUAAUGCCAAGAAGAAAGAUAUCCUUUUACUACUGAAGAAAGCUCCAGAGAGCAUGUUACCCUUCUACAUUGAAACUGCAAUAGCUGCCCAUUCCACACCUUCCUUAGUAGCAGUGACUGAAUUUAUGGAUUUGCAGGGCAGGAAGCAAAUGCCCUUGUUGGAAAACUUCCUCUAUGCUGCAGCUUUGUCUCCUCGCCCUUCUAAAGAACUUUUCAGUCUGGUGCUUGACAGACUAAACAACAAAAGCCUAAAUAAAGCCACUUGGGAAACAGGAAACAUGAUCAUUGGCAGCCUCGUGGGCAAAUUGUGUCAGAUGAAUCAAUGUGACCUAAAGGAAGUCAGCCUUGCCAAGGAAGCUAUCCUGAAAAAACUUCAUGGCUCCAAGACUGACUGGGAGAAGAUGAUUCACCUGUCGUCUCUGAAAAGUACUCUGCUCCCAGAAUUCAUCCCCACCUUCCUGUAUUAUGCAGAGGAAGGCUCAUCCACCAUCUCAGCUGCAGCGGUGACAGCUCUAAAGAGAUUCGGUACCGAGCACAUCACAAGCAUGGUUAAAAUGGCCAUGAGACGCAUUUUCCAUCAAGUUCAGAGAAAGUAUCAAAAAAAAUCACGGUUGGCAGCUGCAGAAAUCCUCUUGGAUAACAGUCCCACACACGCGGACUUCAUCAAUAUCCUGUUGGCCAGCAAAGUACUUUUACCAGAAAUGCAAACAUUUAUAUUGUCCAAAAUUCUAGGCAUUCUAUCUUCUGAUAACCAUCCAACCAGGCAGCUGAUCAAAGAGGUCUUGAAGGAUUCAAGGAUAAAUAAUUACUACUACUUCUCACCCAAAGAUGGCAGGUCCAUCUCUUUCUCAGGAUUAUUAGCAGCCACUGAAGAUGCAUCUUCUACUUUUGGUGUGGAACUCUUAUUCUCAGAUUUUGGUUUACUUCAAAAGAGCACCACUAAUUUUGAUAUUGAGAGUCACGGCCACCGUCUCCAAGCAGCUCAGGUGGUUGUCGAAGCAAAAGGGCUUGAAGGAUUGUUGGGUGGAGAUGUAACUGAAGAUCAGGUGGACUUUUCAGCUGGCAUGUCUGCCAUUUUGCUUGACAUCCCAUUGCGGCCAAUGAUCUUCUUUGAUGGAUAUUCAGAUCUAAUGUCGAAAAUGUUUAUGAGCUCAGGAGAGCCUAUGAACGUGAUCAAGGGGAACCUGCUGUUGGUGGAUCAUCAACAGGCAGUUCCACUUCAAUCUGGGUUGCAAGCUGUGAUUACUCUUCAAGUUGGACUGGGCUUAGAUAUUUCAGCUGACAUCAACAUGAAUAUGUGGGAGCAGGAACUCAACACAAGUAUUAAAUCAAGAGGUGCACUGACUGUUGAUUUCCAAGCAGAGGUGGAUACUUCCUUCUUUCAAGCCACACUCAAAAGCCAAUCAGACGUAGAACUGGGCACAAAUGUUGAAAUUCUUGCUAGGCUUAGUUUGGGUCCCAUGUCCAUGUGUCUGCAGCUUGCAGAGCAACCAGUCUCUUACAGGGAAAAGUUCUUUGUCUCUGAAUCAUCUGCAAACUAUAGCACUCACGUUCGCAAAGGGAGACGGGGUACGACACCUGGGCAUGGAUUUGCUUUCUACAGAGCCAACUCUGAAAUGUGUAAAGUCCUGCUCGCGGGAAAAAAUCUAUAAUAAUAAAAGCAACGUUAAUUUGUUACAAUACAGGCUCACUGGUUCUUUUCUCAUCGUUCAUAUUGCUCUGACCUAGGCUCCCUUAAAAAGCAGGAAGCAGAGUCUUGGUCCCAGCAAAUCCUCUUUUAUUUACACAGCUGUGAAUUCCUUUCAUUCACAGUCAGCAAGGCCUGUCCAAACAGUUUUUCAAAGGGAAUAUUUAUCAAUACAGACCUUAUUGAAACAUAGUACAAGGCAAAACUUGGCAAUCUCCGAGAGUCACGGAACAAACAAAUUGUUUCCUGCAAAAGCCCACUCCCCAUUCACUCCUCUUUUGUUUCCUAUGGGAGGGGCCAAUCACCCCUACAAGGUGUGGCUUUACUCCCAAGUCGACUCUGCUUUCUUAGUUGUUCUUGUCUUCUGGCAGCUCUGUGCAUGCGCCCACUGGGAACGGGCUCCAGCUGUUCCUCUGCCUCACUGCUGUCUAGCUCCCUCUCUGCCUUGGAUGCAGAGCCCUCAUCCAAGCUUUCCCCAGCCCCCAGGACUGGCCCAUGUUCCUCCCCAACCUCCUCACUGUCCGACUCUGCUGUCAGCUCUGCUGGCUGCCGGCGGGCCACAAAACAUAUCUAAUCUACAUUGUCAUUUUAAAAUGGGGAAUCCAAAGCCUUGUUCUUUAACAGGGAGAGCAAAACAAAACCAAAUAUUACACAAAACAGGCUUGUAACCUUUAGAGCCCACCUAUCCAAUCCAUAGUCCAACUGUGUUGCAAUGGUGAAACCUAUCACUAAUCUACAGAAGCCUGUAAUUUCCUUCCUUUCCUAACAUUAUUUCAAAACAGUGUAGCCUCACACAGUUUGAUUGGAUAAAUGUGCA